AUGUUUUUUGAUUCUGUGGUUGUGGGUUUUGGCUGGCACUAUGCCCUAACCGACCUGUCUGGCUGGAACAUGUUGUCCGCUUUUCUUCUGUUGUUGUUGGCUUACAAUGUCGGUUGCAUCGUCUACAACCUGUACAUCCACCCUCUGUCUCGCUACCCCGGACCCAAGCUUGCUGCCAUCACUCCUCUUGUUCACCUUCUCUGGGAUAUCCAGGGUAAGCAGCACACGACUAUGAAGGCCCUGCAUGACCAGUAUGGAGAUGUGGUCCGCAUCGCCCCGAAUGCCCUAGUCUACCGCGCCGCCCCAGCCUGGAAAGACAUCUACGGCCACCGCAAGAAGGGACACAAAAUCUUCCUCAAGGACCCGGCUUUGUAUGCACCCACUCCGAAUGGAGUCGAUGCAAUCAUCACAGCAAAUGAGGAGGAUCACUCCCGGAUGCGCCGUUUGCUAACCCACGCCUUCUCGAACAAAGCCCUGCGCGAACAGGAGGAAUUCCUCCAGAAAUACGCCGACAUGUUCAUCGAGAAGCUGCAGGAAAUCAUGGGCAGUUCUGUCUCGCAAGAUCUCGACAUCACUCGCUGGUUCAACUUUACCACCUUUGAUCUAAUUGGCGAUCUUGCAUUCGGCGAGCCCUUCGGCUGUCUCGACAACACUAAGUACCACUGGUGGGUACUGGUAAUUUUGGACGCCGUCAAGGCCAGUGCCUAUCUGAAAUUCUUUUGGUUCUACCCUUUCCUCGUCCCUCUGGUAAAAUUCCUGGUCCCAAAGCACCUCCUCGAAAAGCGCCAAGCCAGCUUCGACCUGAGCGUUGAGAAAGUCCGUCGUCGGCUCGCUCGUGGAACCACCAGGCCUGAUUUCACCUCAUACAUCCUCAAGCAUUCCACUGAUGGAAAGGGUGUAUCCCCGGAGGAGAUGGAUGCUAAUGCGGCUGUCUUCGUUCUCGCUGGUAGCGAGACCACUGCUGCUCUGUUGUCUGGCUGUACUUAUUAUCUCCUUCGCAACCGUGAUAAGUACGAGCGACUUCUGCGCGAGAUCCGUGGUGCCUUCAGCUCCCUGUCCGAGAUCCAGCUGACUUCUCUUGUUGACUUGCCCUACUUAAAUGCCGUCCUGACCGAGACCAUGCGCGUUUACCCUCCCAUCCCGUCUAUGUUACCACGUAUUGUGCCCGAGGGUGGAGCUUUCAUUAAUGACAAAUACGUCCCUGAAAAUGUCUCCGUAUCAAUUUCGCUAUUCUCAGCCUUCAACGCAGCUUCCCACUUCAAGAACGCCGAGUCUUUUAUCCCAGAACGCUGGCUCGCUGAGUUCAAAUGCUUCGAAAACGACAACAGGGACGCCUUUCAGCCCUACUCAUACGGACCCCGGAACUGCCUUGGUCAACACCUCGCCAACGCCGAAAUGCGCCUGCUCAUGGCCAAAUUUCUCUGGACUUUCGACAUGGAAUUGCUCCCCGAUUCCAUCAACUGGACCGAGCAGCAGUCCUUCGCUCUCUGGAAGCGUCCCGCCCUCAACAUCAAGCUCUACCGCGCUGGUGCCGCCAUUGCGCUGUGA